CCUGCCUCUGUCGUCCCAAGGAACUGCUGAAAACCGUGUACGGUCGGAUCCAGGGUUUAUUUCAGGCCAGUGGUGAACUGGUACACGACAGAGGUGGUGAUGAGAACCAACCAACAUUGCUUUUCCCCGUCUUCAAGGCAAGGAACUCGCAUGUGGAAAUGGCAAUAGUUCUCCUGCAGUUCCACUGCCGGUGGCCAGGAGGCACCCCAGAAGCCCUGCUGUCCUUUCCUGCCUUGACCAACGCCACCAGUGGUGCUGGAAACUUCAGCCUGACCAUGCCUGCCUCUCAGGACCUCAAUGGGAAAAUGGUCCUCUGUAGGGCCAAUCACCCCCUCCAUCAGACAUGGUGCAAAAUGACUGACACUGGUCCUGCAAUGUUCCUACCGAUGGUCUUGACCACAGUGGACCAAGAGGGUAAAAUAGUGGUCACCAUCCACUGCAACAGCCAGGCCACGCCCAAGGCUAUGGUCACAUGGUCCAAAGGUACCGAGCUCUUAACCAAUGGGUUGCAUUACCAGAUCAGCGUGGACACUGCGCAGCUCAGCAUCCAUGAUUUUAACACCAGCACCGCUCAGCUCUACACUUACACCUGUAACUGUAGCAACCCACUGGGCAACAAUGGAAAAAAGACUCUGGGCUUUGUCAUCCAGAUGAUUGGACCAGACUUCCUAACUAUCACUAAAAAUGGCAGCCGAAGGAAAAGAGCCACAGAGGGAUUCCGGAGCAUUCAGCUGAGGCCCGGUUCCUCCCGGAGCACUGAUAUGUCUGUUCUGGAUCCCAAAUGCACAUACUAAUUCUGGGUCAUCCCCAUUGCUGGCAGAACUCAGGGGGAACCAUCAGCAGUGCAGAGAAUUGGACCCGGUGUUUGGAUAAUAUUGCUAUUUAGAUCAGAUUUUUCGGGGGUUGCUAAUCUGUUAACAUAAAUGGAAACCUCUACAUGAUACUGGUAAAGUUAAACUUAUAGUCAACAUUAUGCUUCCACCUCACCUUUGACAUAUCAGUGGAGAGUAGACUCUGUGCUGCUCUAACAGAUUGUACUGUUGUCUGUGCUGCUCUAACAGAUUGUACUGUUGUCUGUGCUGCUCUAACAGAUUGUACUGUUGUCUGUGCUGCUCUAACAGAUUAUACUGUGUCUGUGCUGCUCUAACAGAUUGUACUGUUGUCUGUGCUGCUCUAACAGAUUGUACUGUUGUCUGUGCUGGUAUGACAGGAGGUCUGAGCAGACCACAGAUUACAGGCCUCGCUGUCGGGAGCCCCUGUGGCCUCCUCUUCUUCCUCCUCCUCAUCGGCCUCAUGUACCUCUGUGUCUACUGCUGCAGGAAGAAACGUAGGAGCACUACUCUCAAUCCCCUGAUCUCCCUUCCAUUUGUAUUAUCACAACCGGUAUCAGGUGGUUUUCACUAUAAAAUGGUGUUUCUGUUUCAUAGGUCAACAGAACAGAUAUCCCGUGCCCAGAGCAGUAGAGAAAGUAAUGUCAGUAUUGCACAAAUGUCAUGUUCCUACCAGUACUUUAGUUGGUUGUGGGUAAAAAUGACCGUCUGAACCUCUGUGGAACAUCUGGGCAGGAUGAACCUGCUACUGAAGCUGCUCCUGUGCUGCGUUAUGCUGCAUUAGAGUGCUAUGGUGUGGGUGUGUGUCAUUGUCCAUGAUCAUGUGUGUUUUAACUUGCAGCCUUUUUUAUGGGCAUGUCCUGCAUUGCUUCCGGGCUGCAGCCAAUUGUAGCACUGGCUUUGUUCAUUAUUUUGUCAUGCUUGUUUAAGUCCUCCUCAGCUUAAUUCCCUUUUCAGCAAACAAUAGGAUAGGUGACUACACUCGCCACGACACUGUUAUAGAACAUAUGACGCAUUUUGUCUCAUACAUUAAAAGAUCUAAGCUUCCUUUUCGUAGACACUGUGAGGAUUCUCCUUCCAGUUCAGUUUGUUGUCCACUAUUACACCCAAGUACUUAUAAGAGUCAACAGGGCCAAUCUCUUCACAAUUAAAUAGAAAUUGGAUUUAAAACAUAUUUCUCCCAAAAUCUAUCACUAGCUCCUUGGUCUUUAGUACAUUCAGGUCCAAGUAAUUGGCCGCACACCAUUUCACAAAGCACUUAUAGCACUUAUAGACCACAUAACACAGUUUACUAUAGCAGAGUCAUCAGAGACUUUCUGUUCGUUGUUGUGUGUGAAGUCAUUUGUGUAAAGGGUAAACAGAAAAGGUGACUGCUUCCGUGUUUGUACAUAUCCGAUCUGAUACUGCCUGGUUCAGUCUUACAAACUGUGGUCAAUUGGUCAGGUAUUUCACAAUCCAUUUGAUUGUAUGUGGAUUUAUGUGAAUGUCCUUUAGCUUUUGGGCCAGUAGGUGGGGUUGUACGGUAAUUGAAAGCACUGGAGAAGUGGACCAACAUUGUUCUCACCACACAGCCGGGCUUCUCCAGGUGCUCAUAUACUCUGUGGAGGAGACGAAGACGAGUAUCUUCAACACCAGUUUUUGGGUGGUGGGCAAAUCACAAAGGAUCCAGAUAGGCUGCCACCUCAACUCUUAAUAAAGAUGGUUGAGGUGUGGAAGGUGGCAACAUCGUGACCACUCUUGGGCAUGAGAAGCAGAAGAAGGUAGACGUCAAGGUCACUUCAGUGUCAUUUCCUAGAGCAACGGUCAUCAGUGGGAGACACGGACUACCGAGGUGCAUCAGUCAUGAUAACGCUCAGAAAACACGUGUUCCUCUGCUAUACACUACGAGUGGUGUGGUGUGUGUUGGUAGUGGCCGAGGAGUGGACCGUGACCAUUCCUAAUCAGAUAUCUGGCCUGAAGGGGUCUUGUAUCCUCAUCCCCUGUUCCUUCACACACCCCAGCACUUACAUCCCCACUAAUGUCACCUGGUACCAGUACUCCAAGCUGCCUGGUAAAUACCCAGUCGUCUUCAGCCGCACCAAACCAGCGGAUAUCAUAGAGCACUACAGUGGUAGAACUGAACUGGUGGGAAGGGCCUCUGAUGGAGACUGCAGCCUGAUGAUCAAUGGAAUGAUAUUAGAGCAUAACGGAGAGGACAUUUACCCCUGGGUGGAUGAGGUCAGCAAGUCUGUCUUUGCCUUCUUUCAGUGGAGGGUGACACUGGAGGUUACAGAUACAGCACCAAGGCCACAGCUGUCGGUCAGUGAAGAGCAGAGGGAAGGGGGCAACAUCACUGUUUCCUGUGCUGUCCUCCACACCUGCCCCUCCUCCCCUCCCUCCCUCUCUUUCGGGGACCAGAGGGGGGUGGUCCAGGGGUACCACACCGAGGAGAUACAGGGUCGAUGGCGCGUCCUCUCCACCAUCUCGUUUGUGGCCCGAGCAGAGGAUCAUGAGAAAGUGGUGGCGUGUAACGUGACACAUCCAGGAGGCCAGACAGCUGCAGGGGAGGUGGUGCUCGACGUGAGAUAUGCCCCCAGGUCUGUGAGUGUCUCAGGGGGAAGCACUGUAGUCCAGGUUGGCACUAACCUGUCCCUGUCCUGCGUCAGCGAUGCCAACCCCCCUGCCAGCUCCUACCUGUGGCACUUGCUGAGAGAUGGCCUGGUCAUGCCACUGAACCACAGCACAGAGACCGCUGCGGUUACAGACUUGCACCCAGAUGAGAAUGCGUUCCACUGCACCGCCAUCAACCCUCUGGGGAGGUCCAAGCCCUCCUCUAGUUUUGUGGUCACUGCAGAAUACAAGCCAUCUAUAUUAGCAAACUCCAGCUGCUCCUACCAUGCUGGCCAAGUCAUCUGCAGGUGUCAGGCCCGGGCUCGACCAAGGGCCAAAGUUCUGUGGAUGGUGGAUGGAGGACCCCUGUUCCCUGGCUCUGACCCAACCACCUCCCCCCAGAACCACACGGUGAUGGAUAUCUGGGCUGCAGAGGGCACCUAUGAAAAUGUGUCUGUCACCUGUCUGGUCAACAACACACAUGGCCAUGAUAAGCUUCUCCUGAGUGUAUUUGUGAAAGCACCACCCACCAAUGUGUCCAUCAGCCAGCUCCCAGCCCGGCCUCUGGAGGGAGAAAAGGUCACUCUGUCCUGUCUGGGUCACGGUCACCUCCCAAUCCGUUCCUACAGGUGGUACCGUGUGUUCGGGGAGCAGUCAGUCCUGCUUAGAGAGGAUUCUGUGAGUUUGAGUCUCUCUGUGACCAGAGACGUGGGGCAGUUCCGCUGUUCUGCUCUGAACGAGAUGGGAGAGUGCAGUUCAGACACCACGCCUGUGAACGUUGAGUAUGCACCAGCUAUACUUCCCCUCUCCUUCUGUUCUGUGAAUGAUGGGGAGGUGAGGUGUGAGUGUGUGGUGGACUCUCACCCUGUGGCGCAGAUCAUUUGGACACCAUGGAGCAUUCAGGACAAUCAGACUCACAACAUCACUGACCUGCUCAACUGGAGGAUCCUGAGGUCCAUUCUCAUUGGGCCCAAGGUUGAUGACAUGGGUGACGUCCUCUGCAAUUCAACCAAUGAGCAUGGGAGUGCCUUCCUCAAACUCCCAUUCAUUGCAGGUGAAACGUCCGCCCAGCGGUCCCUGUUCUACGGAGGAGUUGGGGGCACCCUGUUGCUGGUGCUCUCCUUCGCCUCCUUUUUAUUUUGGAGAUUCUACUCCACCAAGAGAAGAGAUUGCCGUGUUGCACUGGAGGAGGUUGAGCUGAAGGGGGCACUGCAGGUGAUACACAAUGAUCCUACUGACUGCCCAGGUAAUACACUCACUCUGAUGGUGUCAGACGAGGACUUCCACAGUAAUGUGUAUGACACCGGGUACAGGGUCCAAGUUUAAAAUGGCCGUCUCCUCCUUUGUAUAAUGCUGGGAGGAUAACAUUUGGAGACGGGAGAUAUUAAAAAACACACUAGCACACAGACCAGUAGAUAUGGAAAGAUGUUUAUUAGAACAAGAGGUGAGAGUGAGAACUGGACUCGGGAACAUCUUUGAAUGCUCAUCGUAGAAUCAUUUCCUGUGUUUGUUUAGGCAGCCCAGAGGCCCGUGUUCACUGGAUUUGAGGUCCAUGAGGCCUGGAGCUAAAUAACUGGGAGACAGACACACAGUCAGUUCUGUUUCACUUCUGUGUUGGUACAGUUCACUGGUGUAUUUAUUUACCAUACAAUUUUUUCUCCUUCAAUUCUGGGCAUGAAUGUUAAUAUUUAAUUAAGCUCCUUAAUGACUGAUCAAACCAUUUUGUCUGACUGUAAGGUAUCUAAUAAACAUGCAUUGAAAUUCUGUGUAAAUAAUCAUAUUGUAAUUACUUGGCAACAGAUCAUUUGAAUAAAUGAAAAGUGACCAUCA